AUGGAGCAGGAGGCAUGCCCAGCACUGGACGAGCCCACGGCGUCCGUGUCAACGCUCAACCUGGAGAGGGUGCGGCAGAUUAAGAGCCGCCCUCUUCCCUCUCCUCUCUCCCCUCUCUCCCACUGCUUCCCCCUAACCUCCAUUCACCGCCUCAUUGCUCAGACCACCCGCGUGGAGCAGGAGGCAUACCCAGCGGCACUGGACGAGCUCACAGCAUCCGUGUCGACUCUCAACCUGGAGAGGACCACCCGCGUGGAGCAGGAGGCAUACCCAGCACUGGACGAGCUGACGGCGUCCGUGUCGACUCUCAACCUGGAGAGAGUGCGCCAGAUCAAGAGCCGCCUCGUUGUCAUCUCUGGCCGCGUGCAGAAGGUGGGGAGUAGCAAGGCUGCUGUGAAGGUGGGGAUGUGA